AUGUCGGCAUGUGCAUCGAUUGCCAGUGGUGUUCCACCGCUUUGCCCGCCCGGCCGCCCUCCCGCCUGCCCCUGUUUACCUCAUGCGACGAUGGCCGAAAAAACUCACAUGUCCGCUACCCUUUUUACUCGGUUGUCGCGUUGUUUAUGUCUUGCUUGCGCUAAUACGCGUACGAUUCGACUGCCAUUAAGUGGCAGUGUCGACUUUUGGACUAAACUGGUUACUUCUGCAAAGCCAUUGCUCCCAGCACGACCGAUCGACGUAUCGCAUCGCAUCGCCCCCUCCAAAGUAAUCACCUACCGUCUCGUUUCAGCAUCCGUUUGGAUCGAGUUAACGGCUAGCGAUGUCUGA